AGGCGAGGGGCCGUUCCGCGGCCAUUUUGCGCCCCUCCUGACGCUUUCCUCUUCUGUCACCGGCCAUGGCGGACUGCUCCACCACAGCGUCCCGGCGGCGCCUCUCUCGCCGGGAGGAGAAGGCCGAACUGCGGCGCCUCAACGACCGCCUGGCCGCCUACAUCGAGCAGGUCCGCAUUCUUGAGCUCCAGAACGGGCGCCUCCUGCUCCGCGUCUCCCAGGAGGAAGAGGAGCAGCAGCAGCAGCGGCAGCAGCAGCCGGAGGGGGCCGGCGAGGGGGUCCGCGCGCUCCAGGCCCAGCUCCACGCCGCCCGCCAGGCCCAGCGCCAAGACCACCGCCAGGCCGCCUGCCUACAAGACCAGGCCGCGAGCCUGCGCGCGCAGCAACAACAGCUGGAGGACAGCUUGAAGAAGAAGGAGGAGGAAUGCUUGGCCUCACGGUCCCGCACCCAGGAGUUGGAGAAGCUUCUCUGCCACAGCAAAAUGGAGCUGUCCACCGCACUGGCCCAGAAGCGAGACCUGGAGGACAAGGUGGCUUCCCUGCACACCCAGCUGGCCAAGUCAGAGGAGGCGCACGCGGUGGCCAAGAGGCAGCUGGAGGCUGAGACACUGCUGCGGGUAGACCUGGAGAACAGGAGCAUGAGCCUGCAGGAGGAGCUGGCCUUCCGGAAGAACCUCUUUGAGGAGGAAGUGCGGGAGGUGCGCCAGCGCCACCUGGAGGAGGAGUCGGGCCCUGCCCAGAAGCAGUCACAGCAGCAGGAGGAGAAGGCACCUUUGGCCCUGGCCUUGGAGGAGCUCCGCAGGCAGCACCAGGCGCAGGUGGAACUCUACCGGGCAGAGCUGGAGCAGGCCUACCGGGCCAAGCUGGAGAGCGCCAAGCUCUCCUCUGACCAGAAUGGCAAGGUGGCCGGCGCAGCCCAAGAGGAGCUCGGGGAGGCCCGCCAGCGCAUCCAGGCCCUUGGGGCACAGCUCUCGGCCCUCCAGGUGCAGGUGAAUGUGGCGGAGGAGCGUCAGCAGGAGGCAGAGGGGCACCUGGCUAGGGAGCGGGAGGCCUUCCGGGCGGCGCUGGAAGCCAAGGAGCACGAGGCCCAGGAGGCACGGGAGCAGCGGCAGCGGCAGCUGACGGAGUACCAGGAGCUGCUGGAUGUCAAGCUGGCCCUAGACAUGGAGAUCAGCGCCUACCGAAAGUUGCUGGAGGGAGAGGAGGAGAGGCUGAAGCUCUCCCCCAGCUCUCUCCACAUCUCAGUCUCCAGGGCCACUUCCUCUUCCUCUUUGUGGGGCAAGCGCAAGUGCAGGGAGGCCCAGGAGCAGCUCUCCAUUGAGACCAGUCACAGCAGCAAUGCCCUCCAGCUGGACUUGGCCAAAGGCAGCGUCUGUAUUGAGGAGGUCGACCCCCAAGGGAAGUUUGUCCGGCUGCGGAACCGCUCGCAGGAGGACCAGUCUCUGAGGAACUGGAGGCUGAAGAAGAUGACCAAACGAGAGGCAGGAGGAGAAGGGGAAGAGGCUGCCACCUACAAGUUCAGCCCCCGGUUUGUGCUCCGAGCAGCACAGAGCGUCACGGUCUGGUCCUGUGACGCCGGCGUGACCCACUGUCCACCCUCAGCCCUGGUCUGGAGGGGCCGCAGCUGCCCGUGGGGCCCGGGGGAGAAGGCCCGGCUGGUGCUGCUGGACGCCCAGGGAGAGGAAGUUGCCACGAGAAGCCUGUCUCCGGAAGAGGAAGAAGUGGAGAUUCAAACCUUUGGUGAAGAAGACCUCUUCCACCAACAGGGGGACCCCCAGACUACCUCCAAAGGAUGUGCCGUCAUGUGAUGAGAAGGAAAGAAGAAGGAGAAAGGAGGCACCUCCCCAACCUUCCGUUGUUCUUUGUGGCUGCCACAAACUAGGUUAGGAUGAAUUGAGACUCAGUAAUGGGAUAUUCCUUGGAAAACUAGAGCAAAUUUGUUCCAUGUCGCAGGAGGAUGUUCCUCCCUCCCGCAGAAAGAAGCAAUCCUUUUGUAGAUUAGUCGUAUUUCCCCAUUUUUUUACUGAUAGAAACAAUUAGGAAAUAAUGCUGUUGGUCACCCAAUGUCUUUGGGGUUUGUUUUGUUUCUGACUGGAACCUUGUUUUGUACAACACUCAGAAAAAAUAAAAGGAUUUGAAUUUC